AGUUGCGCUCAAACCGUCAAUCAUUUAAUAUCGCUUUUGCAUCACACGAACACCUUUUUUUUAUUAGCAAGGCGAGCCCAUCAAAUAGAUACUUUUUGUGCGAUCGAAACGGAUUUUCCGCGCGGAGUCCAUUGAUGAAUCGGAACAGCUUUAAGGAAAUGACCAAAGAAAGAAACAUUAAUUUGAAAUUGAAACGCUAAAUAAAACAAAUCUACUGCGAGUGUACAUCGUGUAAAUGUUAUCACAACAUACGAAGUUAUUGAAAAACGCAUUAAAUUUCAGCCAAAAUCAAUUAGCUGGAUCAGUUUAAGAGAGACUCGAGAAGAAUGUGUAUAAAUAACUUUAGUGUACCGUCUUUUGAAUAAAUAUUUGUACAAACAGAUUUUUUGUAUUGAACGAGUAGAUCUAUUAUUGUUAUUUUCGAUUUCAUUCAACCAAAUAACACGAAUUAUCGAUUUUCCUAUACGAAAAUUUUCUCUCAAAAUUAUAUUUGGAAGACCGUCGUAUAUAUAUUGUGCACACAACAUACACCAUAGCUUUUAUACGGCAGAGCAAAUUAUAUAUCCAAGGAUAUAACAGUGUCUAUACCGACAAUAAAAGCAUCUGAAAAAAUACAUCGAUUCGCUUACGGAAACAUACUUUAUUGUGCUCUGGAUAGUGAAAUCAAAAUUGUUGUCUACAUUUUGUCACUGUAGGGGUGUCAUCUUCAAUGUUACAGGAAUGAUAUGAAUUGAAAUAAGUUUUUAAAGAACGAAGUUUUGUAGUAAACGUGGAUGUGUAGUGGCCAAAAAAAGGUGUGCGUACCAAUAUAGUAGUUUGUUCGUUAUGUUGAUGAGAUAGUCAUCGUCAUAAAUGUUGUAAUAUGGUUAUACAAAAAGUGUGAUUCUUAUAGUUCUGUUGUUUACAAACAAAUAAUUGUUUUCUAUUCGUCCAUGUGUAGCUCAUGAAAUAUAAAUCGAUUUGAUAUUUUCAUAAACAUCUGAUUGGAAGAGGACAUUUAAAAGUUACACGAUCCAAAAAAUAAAUAAAUGGUUAACAAGACGCAUCUAUUUAUACAAUUUAAACGGAACUAUUCCUUAGCGGACUGUUAGACGAGUGGUUUUUAUAGCAUUUUUAUCAUUAUAAUUAACCGAAAAUAAUCAGUUAACGAUAUAUAUUACAAAUAAAGUAACUUGUGUGUGUUAUCAAAUUGUUAACUAACUGUGGUAGUUGAGUGUUUUAAACUACUGUUAGCGAGAGAGAGUUCAUAGUCAUUUCCCAUUAAAAAUGUCGCAAAUCAGAAGAAUUAAGGAUAUGCGACUUGCCAAAAAAGAGACGGCUGUUGUUACGUCACCAAUCAAAAAAGUUACAUUGGUCGAUAAGGAAGAGGAACUGGUGGCAUCCUCACCAAGCGAACGAAAUUGGAGAGGAAUAUUUAUAGCCCUUCUAGUCAUUGCAGCUGUUUUAGGAUUAAUUGUAUUUUCGAUAUUUUUGUUGUCACCGGAAGAUGAAGGGGCGCGAGUUAGGGGAAGACGAUUAACAUUAUCAGAUGUAAACGGAAAUGGGUUGCGUUGGAGGCCGUUUAAUGGCACAUGGAUCAAUGACGGUGAAUUGAUCUUCAGGGAUACAUCAGGCGGUUUGUCAAUUCUGGAUGCAGAAGCAUUGACAACGAAAGUUCUUAUGACAAAUUCAACAUUUAGACAAUUGAAUGCUGAAAAAUUCCUAGUUUCGCCGGACCUCAAGUAUGUUCUCCUAUUAGCCGACUGUACUCAAUCCGAAUCUAGGUAUCAAGUAUACGAAGUUCAGAACAGAAACAUAUUUCCACUGUCACCGAAGGAUGGAAGCAACGAUCCGCCAUUACUUCAGCAUGUUCUGUGGGCACCGAAUAGUCCUGUCAAAUCGUCACAAGCUCUUCCAGGAUCACAUGUCACCAAUCCCAAAACGGGCUCGCAGGCCAUUGCUUUUGUCUACGAGAACGAUGUAUACUACAAGCCGAAAGUGCAAAAUGAUUUGGUGUGCCGAAUCACCACAACGGGGAAGGAAGGCGUGAUAUAUAAUGGCAUUCCUGACUGGCUGUACUCGAACACACCGGAGCUUAAGAGUGAUACGCUGUUAUUUUCAACUGAUGGAUCGUACCUAUCAUUCUUGUCGUUCAACGACAGUCAGGUCAAAAAAUAUGAAUACACAUGGCUUGGAGACAGUAACAAAUAUCCCAAAGUCAAAUCCAUUCGAUAUCCCAAAGAGAGGUCGAUCAAUCCAAACGUUACAGUCUAUGUGGUUGACCUAUCCGUACUGAAAUUCAUCAACAAAAUCCAAAUUAAGCCUCCGUCGAGCAGCUGCAACGAUAGCUACGUUGGCAACAUGAUAUGGUUAUCGUCAACAGUUUUGUCCGUUACAUUCACCAAUAGAGAGCAAACCAGUGCCGUGACUGUCUUGUGUCAAGCGCCAAGUUUCAACUGUACAGAGAUUCACAGAGAAAAUGUCAUCGAAAAAGGCUGGGUCCUUCCAACUGAUAGAACCAUCUUCGCCAAGACUGAUGCAUACUUCCGGAACCGAAACCAUUCACAUUCGACUCCAGCAUCUUCACUACUUGGUAAUAUGAACAAGGAUGGAACGGAGUUCGGUAAAAACGAAUUCGAAAUUGGAGGAUUUAUGUUGAAACGGUUGCCAGUACGCGAUGGAGAACACGGCUAUUACCGGCAUGUAGUGUUUGUAUCUAUGUCCGAUAUGAGAACGGUACCGUUAACCAUGGGUCGUUUUGAGGUGACCGAAAUCUUAGGUUUUGACGAAGUGAAUGAAAUUAUCUACUUCAUGGCUACACCGAAACUUGUACCCGGACAACGACAUUUAUAUCAAAUUAACUUAGCGAUUAACGUCACAAAAUCCAAUCGAAUGUUCAUCUCAUCUACACUCCCGAUUUGUAUGACAUGCGACAAUGGUGCACAUACCUUCAGAUUGAUGUCCAACGCGAAUUCGACGGUUGCAAAUAUAUCAGCCGACUACUACGAAUCACCGCUCGGUGGCCACAUUCCCAACAAUUGUCUGUACAACAAAAUUCACUUCAGCAAAGACUUCUCCUACUACGUCCAGGAGUGCUUGGGCCCGGCCACUCCGUCGAUCUAUUUGGUUGACACGAAUUCCAAGACGAAGAUCAUGGUUCUGCACAAUGGCGAUUUGCUUCGAAGUCGCUUGGCUCAGCUAGCUAUACCGCAAAUUCGCACGGUGUCGGUGGAGAUUAAAGAUGGUUUUCAUGCCCAGGUUCGUCUAUUCCUUCCACCUGGAAUGAAAGAAGAGGAAGAAGUGGCGUUCCCAUUGAUCAUCCAUAUGGACACAUCACCUGGCUCUCAGCUCGUAUCCGAAAGAUAUCAAAUCGACUGGAAUUGGUACCUUUGUAGUCAAAAGUCAAUGAUCAUUGCGCAGAUCGACGCUCGUGGCAGUGGUUUUCAGGGUGAACUCCUUCGGUCGCAAGUGAAAAGUGGCUUAGGCUCCGUGGAAAUCGAAGAUCAAUUGGGUGUGUUAACGUAUCUGCGGGACAAUUUGAAAUUCGUCGAUCCGACCCGAAUUUGUGCAUACGGCUGGGGAUACGGUGGUUAUGCGGCCGCAAUGACCUUGAUUCAAGAUUCUCAAAGGGUUCUGCAGUGUGCGCUGGCUAUAAAUCCUAUAGUGUCAUUCGAGCAUCACGUUUCCUUCUUCACCGAGCGAUACAUGCCACGAAACGAUGAUUACAAAAGAGCCCUUCAAGAGUCGGAUCUGUCGAUGAGAGCCGGUAAUAUCGAUUCAAGAAACUUCUUUCUGAUUCACGGCACAGCCGACACAAUUGUACAUGAACAACACUCUUUAAUGCUGGCUAGAGCAUUGAUCGAUCAGGGAGUUGGUUUCCGGCAUCAGGUUUAUGCUGAUGAAGGCCAUAAUUUGUCCGGUGUACUCUAUCACUUGUUCAAAACGAUCGAGUGGUUCUUUGACGAGAGUUUCGGUCCGCUGGAAACUGGUGAAUGGGAUCCUACUGGAUUUUUCUCAUUCAAACAGUGAAGUGACAAGAACAAAACUAAGUUUUCCUUUUUGUAUCUCCCGCCCCGGCGAAAUUUAGAGAUUUUUUUGGAUGGUGAUGAGACAUUACCUCUGCUACGAUCUGUUUAGUUAAUUUAUUAAAGAAAAGAAAUUAAAUAUUGAGUUAAAGCGUGUCGUUUAUCUCUCUGUUGUUAAUUUUUAAGUUUAUUGG